AUGGAUUCUGCAAUGGCUGCGCUGGAGAAACACUUCGUGCCUAAAGUCAACGUCGUAGCAUGCAGACACACGUUCAGACAACGUGUUCAGCGCUCGGACGAGACAGCAAUACAGUACGUAGCCGCGCUAAGGGACCUGGCUGCGUCAUGUGCAUUUGAAACUACAACUACUGAACAAGACAGUACUGUGCCAGCAACUUUCUACAUUGUGGAAGCCGGAUCUCCCCUGCUGGGCUUGGAUUUGAUUAAAGCCCUGGGGGUCAGCAUCAUUGACGGCAAAGUGAUCCUCAACACGGACUGUGCAAACACGCCACCUGCUGGGGAGCCCGAAGGUGCAGUGCACAACAUUGACACUACUCCAGUUCAAACACUCGGGUGUGUCAAAGGAUUUAUUCAUAAAGUACAAGUCAACAAUGCAGUGCGUCCAGUGCGCCAAAAACUACGACGUCUACCGCUCAGUAUACGCAAAGAGGUCUCUACAGAACUUACCCGACUACUCCAAGCAGGCAUCAUUGAAAGAAUUGAUGCAUCUGAAUGGGUGAGUCCCCUUGUGGCGGGAAGAAAACGCCAAGGGGCUCUGCGCCUAUGUGUCGACUUGCGUGAAUCAAAUAAAAGUGUCGUCAUGGACUGCUACCCGCUUCCUCACAUGGAGGACCUGUUCGCUGAACUGUCUGGUGCUACAUACUACAGCCAGAUCGAUUUAAGCUCAGCCUACCACCAGUUGCCUCUACACCCAGAGAGCCGCAAACUGACUGCCUUUAUAACCCAUGACGGCUUAUUCCAGUUCACUCGAGUCCCCUUUGGCCUUGCUUCCGCUCCAUCUGCAUUCCAAAAAAUGAUGGAGACAAUACUGAAGGACUUACCGGGUGUACAGAACUACCUGGACGACAUCAUUAUCUAUGGAGCUUCAAGAGAGGAACACGAUCUGCGCCUACAAGCAGUCCUCAACCGCCUAAGUGAGGCCAGCCUACAGAUCAACUUUGGGAAGAGCACCUUCGCAAAAACACAGAUCACAUUCCUGGGCCAUGUCAUUUCCAAAGAAGGCUUGCGCCCGAGCACAGACCACCUUACUGCUAUCGCUGAAGCACCUGCACCAAGAGACAUGCCAGCGCUGCGCUCAUUCUUAGGUCUGACUUCAUGGUUUAGCAAGUUUGUCCCUAACUAUGCUACACUUGUUGAACCCCUGCGACUACUGCUCAAGACUAGCCCGCAGGCUAAACUACACUGGGACAAUGUUGCGAAUGAAUGCUUCACAAAGCUGAAACGGCUACUACUGGACAGUCCUGCUCUUGCCAUGUUCAAUCCAAAACUGUCAGCUGUCAUCACAACAGAUGCUUCUGACUAUGGCUUAGGAGCUGUCCUGACGCAGAUUCACUCAGACAAUACAGAGCGCAUCGUGCUUUUGCUUCACGCACACUGA